GCUGAUACUCUGCACACCACUGCGAUUCUUGUCAAGCUGAAGGUGGCAGACGAUGUUUACGGCACACUCAGUCGCAAAGUGAUGAUCGUUCCCUUAACAACAUAGAUUUCCAAUUUUGCAAGGAAUCUUGAACGCGUCAUAGGAUUGUGUGACUUGCAGCAAUGGGAGGACUUUCUGGCGGAAGGGGGCAGAAGUUGACGCAUGCUACCAUCAUUGUAGCUGGAGUCUCUUCUUUGGUAGCAUCUCUGCUGUCUAUUGUCUCCGUCUGGCUUCAAACCAAAAAUUACCGCAAACCUCUCCUCCAACGAUAUGUCAUCCGCAUACUGCUCAUGGUUCCCAUCUAUUCGUUGUCGUCAUGGUCAAGUAUCAUUUCCCUCAAGGCGGCCAUGUUUGUAGACCCAAUUCGUGAUAUAUAUGAGGCCUUUACCAUAUAUACUUUCUUUCAGCUUUUGAUUAAUUUCCUCGGAGGUGAGCGAGCUUUGAUAAUCAUGAUGCACGGCCGAGAGCCAGUUCAUCAUCUCUGGCCGCUGAACCACUGCCUCCCGAAAGCCGAUAUUUCCGAUCCUCAUACUUUCCUGGCCAUAAAACGUGGAAUUCUCCAGUACGCCUGGCUGAAGCCAAUACUUGGUUUGGCUUCCAUUAUCAUGAAAGCUACUGGGACUUACCAAGAGGGCUAUCUUGGUUUGACUUCCGGGUACUUAUGGAGUGGAAUUGCAUAUAACAUCAGUGUCACCGUCAGCCUUUACUCGCUAGGCAUGUUCUGGGUUUGCAUGUCGAGAGAUCUACAACCAUUCCGUCCAGUUCCCAAGUUUCUUUGUGUCAAGCUGAUCAUCUUCGCCUCAUACUGGCAAGGGUUCUUCUUGUCUAUCCUCGUCUGGCUCGGUGCAAUUCCAGAUGACGUGGAAGGGUAUACCCCAGACAAUAUUGCCGCUGCUAUUCAAGAUGCUUUGAUUUGCAUAGAGAUGCCCAUAUUCGCCAUGGCUCACUGGUACGCUUUUUCUUGGCACGAUUAUGCGGAUGUUACAAUUUCAGCUGCUAGAAUGCCUGUCAAAUUUGCACUACGGGAUUCGUUUGGUUGCCGUGAUCUUAUCGAAGACACCAAAGAGACGUUCAGUGGGAACAAAUACGAAUAUCGCCUCUUCGACUCUGGUGAUAAUGUUCUGGCACACGAGGGCUCGUCUUCCAGAGUAGCCAGAAUGAUGGAAGGCAUGCGGUAUGAGCGAGGUGGAAAGGGUAAAUACUGGAUACCGAAGCCCGGCGAUACCAAUGUAAGAACACCACUCCUACGCAACAACAGUGGACCGAGCCGUCCGCUAUCGCCAUCAAAACCACAUGACAACGAUGCACAAUAUCUGGGAUAUGGAAACGGUGCCGUGGACGAGUUGACAUUAGAUCCCGAUGAGGAAAGCUUGUAUGAGAGAGCGAGGGCACUAGAGUUUGGUGACUGGAAUUAUCCUGUUAUCACCGCACACGAAGCUUCUAGAGAAAGAUGGCUUAACUCUUCACCCGGCCUAGUCACAACCUCGGCAAACCGUAACUUGCUCCAGCCCACCAGGGACAAUGAGAUCAGACGGGCAAGCAAUGUCCGUGGCACGGUCGAGGAGGUUACUAAGAAGACGAAACGCAAGCAUAGUGCUUCUAAUAAGAACAAUAAGAGAGAUAGUAGCUCGAAGGGAAAGCAGAAAGAUGCCGCAACAGGCGAGGAAGGACGUGCGCCAGCUCUAAUGGGAAUGCUCCGACACCACUCCUCUGCUUCAAGCUCGGGAAAAUCUGAUCGGAGUCAGCUUGUAGAUUUGGUGGUGGAAGAUACAACGGCAGAGGAUAUUGAAAGGGUUCGUGCUCGAAAGGAGGGUGGCGCAGGCUGGAAUUCCGCUGAGCCAAAACGCUUUGUACGAACAUAUGGAAAGGAUACGGGCGAAGAUAUCCGUGAGGGUUACGAGCCCACUGAUGAGGCGUCAAUCGAUGACUCUAACGUAGCUGGGGAGGACGAGUUUACUGUAGGCGAAGAUGAUGAUGGACAGUCGCCUCAAGACGAGUCCGAGGAGACAAGCCACUGGAAAGAAGCACAAGAACCGGCAUUGUUGUUAAAACCAAAGUAUGGACUUGAUGGUGAGGAGUUUGAGAACGUGUGGGGCGGGGGAGGACCUUCUCAGAGCCCUCGUGAGAAUCCUUAAGCAUUGUGUAGAUUAGAUACCCCCUUUGGACUCCGAGGCUGUCUACAUUCUGGACCUCGGAUGCAUGGCGAGGGCGUUGGGAAAGGACUAGCAUACAAGAAUUACGCCUAUUGAUCUAGACGUCUAAAAAAUAUGCGGAUUUUGAUUU